UUGUAAUUUAUGAACCUCAAAAUUGACGUUUUAAAGUGUGCGUUACACAGUGUGACUGUACAAAAAAUUUCAAAUUAUGAUAUGAAAUCAAAAAUUUCUCAAAAACAAAAAUGGCCAGCCUAACUGAUUCACAAUGUAUUCUGAAUAGAAAAAAAUAUAUGCUCAUAUUUUCGGUCACAGUAGAGAGUGAAUAAAGUUAGUCCACAAUUACUUCGCUCAAAUAAGAGAAGACGAAAAAUCAGACAAACCGAUAUCCAGAAAUGAGAUCGAUUUCUGCUAAUUAUCCAGAAGUGCCAUUGUUGUACUCGAUUCCGGGAGACCUUCAACACAACAGCAAGAUUGAAAUCAUUGGUCAAAUGCUUCACAGAAACAGAUUUCGCGUAGACCUUAAAACUGGAUCUAAAGUUCCUGUUGGCAUCCAUGAUGAUACCAAUGAUGAUGUAAUUUUUCACCUAAGCAUACGUCCUUUCUGCAAUGAAAUUGUUCGAAACCAUAUGACUCAAGGUAGAUGGGGGCACGAAGAACGUGAAGGUGGAUGUCCGAUUCAAUAUGGUUCACAAUUUAAUAUGCUGAUUCUCAUUGAAGAUGACAAAUUCAAGGUUACCAUAAAUAAUUUGCAGUUUUGUGAAUUCAAACAUCGCCUUCGAUUGUCAUUGGCAAAAUUCCUUUACAUCAGUGGCGAAGUGAAAAUUCAUUUUAUCAAAAUUCGAAAUGAUUCAUAUGAUGAUACUAGAUCCGCUCGAACCAUUUAGUAAGUAUUUCGUGAAAGCUGUGUAUGUCUUCGGAACAUACAAUGUUGUUUACUAUUUAUCUAUAUCAGCUAUUGCUAUAGGGAUGUAUCAUAUAUCCCUAUAUCAUAUAUGAAUAGCUGCUAUUUAACGCAUCUCUUCGCUCGGUCGCUAUGUAUACUCGACAUAUCAAUGGCUUCAUUGUUUUGAAAUGAUUUAAAAUGUUAAACAUUUCAAACAAUGAGAGCAUUGUUAUGUCCAGCAUAAACAGUGUCCGAGUGAAGAGAUGCGCUAUAUAGCAGCUAUUUAUAUAUCCCCAUAGCAAUAGCUAACAUAGAUAGCUAGCUAGAAACAUUGCUUCGGAAUGAUAUAUAGUCCUAUGACUCAUAGGUAUAAAAUGUAUAUACUAUCAUAAUAUGAUUUUGUAUGUAAUUGUUUUACUGUUUUUUUCACAAUUUCAUUCCAAAAUAUGUUGAAGGCCUCUUAAAUGUAUUUACCGAAGAACGUAGUUUACAUAGAAAAACGACUAUUAAUGGUAGAGAAUUUAAUAUUGUCAAAAUCGGAAAAAAGGUCACAAUUUUUUCCAUCAAUUUUUUUUAACAUGAAAUCUUGUAUUCAAUCUGUGUCUCAUAUGAUUACUAAAAAUAACAAAACACUGAACAAUUUCGAGUAUUGUGUUAAUAAAUUUUUAUCA